GAUUAAUAAUCCUUAAAGCAAGCAAAGCAUAAUUGAUAAUGAUAAUGAUAAUCCAGAAAUUAAACGGGACGACCUUUCACGUUUUUGGAUCUAAUUUUUAGGUUUCUUUCUCUCAGAUCUCUUUUUAUUUUCUCUGGUUUUAUCAAAACAUUUGGAUUUUGGAGCUAUAGCUCUCUCGAUAAAACAAGAACAUGGCGGCGAUUGCGGUCCACCAGUUCGCUCAGACCAUCACUUGCCACGCUUGGAGUCCCGAACAGUCCAUGAUUGCUUUAUGUCCGAACAAUAAUGAAGUGCAUAUCUAUAGAUUGGUGGACGAUAAAUGGGAGAGGUUGCAUGUUCUUCAAAAGCAUGAUCAAAUUGUUUCUGGGAUAGACUGGAGUGCAAGGUCAAACAGAAUUGUUACUGCAUCUCAUGAUCGAAAUUCUUAUGUAUGGAAUUUUGAAGGAGCAGAGUGGGUACCCACCCUUGUUAUUCUUAGGCUAAAUCGUGCUGCACUUUGUGUUCGGUGGAGUCCCAAAGAAAACAAGUUUGCUGUUGGAAGUGGGGCAAAAACUGUUUGUAUAUGCUACUAUGAGCAAGAGAACAAUUGGUGGGUCAGUAAACUUAUCAGGAAAAGACAUGAUUCUUCUGUGACAAGCAUUGCUUGGCAUCCCAAUAAUAUACUUCUUGCAACAACAUCUACAGAUGGAAAAUGCAGAGUCUUUUCCACUUUCAUUAAAGGUGUUGAUGCAAAGGAUUCAAGAACGGGCCCUUCUUCAGAUUCAAAGUUUGGAGAGCAAAUCAUUCAGCUUGAUCUCUCAAUUUCUUGGGCUUUUGGCGUGAAAUGGUCACCAAGUGGCAAUACCUUAGCAUACGUAGGGCAUAACUCCAUGAUUUACUUUGUUGAUGAUGUUGGACCAUCUCCUUCGGCCCAAAAUGUUGCAUUUCGUGAUUUGCCUCUUCGUGAUGUUAUAUUUGUAUCUGAAAGAUUGGUUAUAGGGGUUGGAUUUGACUGUAACCCAAUGGUAUUUGCAGCUGAUGACAGUGGAUUUUGGAGUUUUGUCAGAUUUUUGGGUGAAAGGAAAACAUCUUCAGGUCCAAAAUAUGGCUCUCAGUUUUCUGAAGCAUUUGGUAAGCUCUAUGGACAACCCAAGCACAGUAUGAACAAUGAUGGAGUUGAACAGUCACGAUCACGUGGUGGUGUUCACGAGAACUGCAUAAAUUGUAUCGUGUCGCUUGGACAGCCGGGGAUAUCUUCAACCAAGCGCUUCAGCACUUCAGGAUUGGAUGGUAGAGUGGUUAUUUGGGAUUUGGAAAACCAAGCAGAUCUGUCCGAAUAUUUGUGAACCCUCGAAUCAUGAAGAACAUCUUUGUGCAGUGGUGGCGGGAAAUAGGCUUUUUGUAUUGAAUUUGAUUGUUAGCAAUUAGUGAUCUUUCUGCAAAAGCCUUCUCUCUUCUACAAGUUCUAGUGAUUUUAGUUUUGUACUAAUAUAUGAAACUUGGGUGCCUGCCUACAAUUGUGGCUUAAUAUCACUUUUUUCUGCUUACUCCUUUAUUCUGUGUGAAUAAGGAAUUCCCAGUAUUAUUUAUUUACUCAACUACGAGUUAUGGCUGGAUGUACCUGCAUUUAUCUAUGAAAACUUUUACUCGCAGAUUUUUAUGCUGA